UUCGAUACAAUCCAUUUUCACCAAUGUUGCUGUGCGACAUCGCUUGAUAUCAUGAUGUCUACAUCACAGAGCUUUAACCAAGAGUUUAAGAUCGAAACGUGGACUCUGUACGGUGUAGGAAUGCUCGCGAUCUUCACCCGGCUGGCAUCGCAAAUUCGAAGGCUGGGGAUCAAAAGACUUCGGACAGAUGAUUGGCUUAUCAUUACUGUAAUACCAUGGUAUACUCUCCUCGUUGUCUCCGUCAACAGAGUCAUAAUCGGCGGGGGAUCCAACUACAUGACACCGGAGGAUAUCGCGGCAUUGACACCGCAGACCAAGGCAGAUAGAAUAAGUGGGAGUAAAUGGGUGUUAGUCUCGGAAGAAGUGAUGGUACUUUGUGUUUGGACUUGCAAGAUUUGCAUGCUGUUGAUAUACAGACGCUUGACUGAAGGAUUGACUCGAGGAAAGAUAAUCAAUGCUGUUUUAAUAUAUGUUGCUGCUGGUUUUGUGGCCUGCCAGAUUGCGCUCUUCACAACCUGCAGACCAUUCUCGGGAUACUGGGCGGUCCCGGCUACCGACGAUCAAUGCUGGUCAUACUACAACUUCGAGAUAGUUGAAGGAACUUUCAACGUCAGUGCUGACUUGGUUGUCCUCCUUGUUGCCAUUCCUCUCCUAAUGAAACUCCGAAUCCCCAUCCAGCAGAAGAUUAUACUGGUCUGCGUCUUUGGAAUGGGUGUUUUUGUCAUCGCUGCAGCAAUAUUGACGAAGGUUUACUCCCUCGUUCCAGAUUUGGUAUCAUACUCGUACCUGAACUGGUACUUCCGCGAAGCUUCUGUCUCGAUCUAUGUCACGAACCUCCCUGCAAUCUGGGCACUGUUUCGCGAUAUCUUCCCUGCUGUGAAAUACUGGGGUUAUCCGUCCAGGACGUACAGUGAUGGAACUGUCGAGAACCGAAAAACUUGGUUACCUCAAUUCGGGACGAAUUAUAGCGGAGGCCCGGAUGUCGAAUUUAGAGACGAUCUGGAGAUGUUUGACCGCUUGGGAAUGACGAACUCUAUAGAAGGUUUGGAUGGGAGGAGCAAAGAUCAGGGCUUGGCUCUAUCAGUCUCAGAAUUGAGCACUUCAGGUCAUCUUGCCGUGUAUAAGGACGUGCCAUUCAUUAUUGCGGGGAAGAAAGUCUGAAAAGAAAGGCCGAAAAGAAAGGUGCCCAGCUUGGAGCUCAUCGAACUUUCUUGAAUUGUAAGAUCAACUUGUCACCCUUCGGUCCAGCACUAUACGCAUCCAGCUGCUCGAUAUCCCCAUCAUCGAUAAUUUUCGUCGUAUAAUUCGUAUAUAUUGCAGCCACAACAAUCUUCAGCUCU